AUGCCGGCCCGCGUCAGCGCCGCGCGCCGCAAGCCGCCGCCUCCGUCGACGCGCGGCGGCGCCGAGGCGGCGCGGCACGCCGAGGAGCUGCUGGCGGAGGUCGAGGCGGAGAAGCGCGCCAAGGGCAAGAAGGGCAAGAAGAAGAAGAAGAAGGGCGGCGGGAGUGGCAGCGCUGGGCCGUCGCAGGAGGACGCGCCGCAGGCAGCCGCAGCCAAGCCCGCGCCGUUGGACAAGGCGGGGCUGCUCAAGCUUCUCGCGGAGCUCCACGAGGACAGGAUCCGGUUCGGCAUCACGCCGGAGACGGCCAGGGCAGAGGCGGCCAUGGCGGCAGCAGAGGCGGCAGCAGAGCUCUCGUAG